AUGGAUAAUUUCUAAUUGUAAAAUCUUGCAAAGGACAUCAAGGGAAUAGAGAUUAAACUAGUAGAGUAUUCCAUCUAGAGAAAUAAUCUUUAAGAUUUAAAAAAACAAUUAGAGACAAAAUUGACAAGAAUCUAAUAUGGAGAGGUGACUCAUUAAGGCUAGCAAGUUGCUAAAUAAGACAACUUCUUUGAUCAAACUGAAGUAAUGAGAAAUCAAGCAAGGGAAAUCGUGAGAUUAGAUAAGUAGCAAGAAGAAGGAAGAAAUGCUGUUUAAGCUAUUCAUUAUGAAAAGAACAAGGAAGCUGAUGAUUUGGUUGAAUAAAUGAGAAAAAAGAAGAAUAACUAAAACCAACCUCCUGCAAACUAGAGUUCAAAUCAAAAUUAGAACAAUUUUGUCUAAAACUAGAACUCAAUUAAUUAAUAGAAUAGUUAUCCUCCUGUAGGAGUAUAUCCGUAUAACUAUCAGGUUCAUGAUCCACCUCAAGACCCGAAUUAUGGUCACAAUGUUGCACCAUUACCAAUGAUGAACAUAAAUGGAGGAGUCCCAGUGAAUGUUAACGUCACAGUUAACCAAAAUGGUCAGCCAAUUAACCUAGUUUGA